AUGCUGCUCCGGCCGCGGCGGCCGCCGCCGCCCGCGCCGCCGUCGCCACCCAGCCCGGACCCGGAGCCGCGGCCGGCCGGGGGCGCCGCGGGGACCCCGCCCCGGCGGCCCGGCUCGCCGGCGGCGCCCGCGUCCCCCGCGUCCCCCGGGCCGCCCGGCUCGCCCGUGUCCCCGGGCUCGGCGCAGCGCACGCCCUGGAGCGCCCGCGAGACGGAGCUGCUGCUCGGGACGCUGCUGCAGCCGCCCGUGUGGCGCGCGCUGCUGCUCGACCGCCGCCAGGCGCUGCCCACCUACCGCCGCGUGUCGGCCGCGCUGGCGCGCCAGCAGGUGAGGCGCACGCCCGCGCAGUGCCGCCGCCGCUACAAGUUCCUCAAGGACAAGCUCCGCGACGCGCAGGGCCAGCCGCCCGGGCCGUUCGACGCGCAGAUCCGCGAGCUCAUGGGGCUGCUGGGCGACCACGGGCCCCGCCGCGGCCGCCGCCGCUCCCCGGGGCCCGGGCGCCCCCCGCGCGGCCGCCGCCCGGCCCCCGCCGCGCACCUCCCGUCCGCGGAGCCGGACGUCCCGCAGCCGCCCGCCGCCCGAGACCCCGACGCAGACCCCGCCUGGACGCUGAGGUUCAGCCCGACGCCGCCCAAGUCUGCAGACGCGCCCCGCGCCCCCGGCUCCCCGACGGCGUUCUCCGCGGUUGCGGCCGCGCCCGGCCGCGCCCCGGCAUCCCCGCCGCCGCCGGCCCUGGACCCCAUUCGGGAGGACCCCGACUCCCCGCCAGGCCGCCCCGAAGACCACGCGCCCCCGCAGUCCGCGCCCCCGUCGCUGAACGCCGCCCUUCUGCAGACCCUGGGGCACCUGGGCGACAUCGUGGCCAUCUUGGGCCCGCUGCGCGACCAGCUGCUGACCCUGAACCAGCACGUGGAGCAGCUGCGCGGCUCCUUCGACCAGACCGUGUCCCUGGCCGUCGGCUUCAUCCUGGGCAGCGCGGCCGCCGAGCGCGGCGUCCUGGCCGACCCGCGAGAGUGAGGCCGGCCGCGCCGCCCCUUGCCGUCCCGGCCGG